UUAGCAUGGGGUACUCCAUGCUACGUAUUUAGCAAAAUCUGGUUGUUUCAAGUAAUUAUGAAGCAAAUGGAUGUUGAAAAAGAAAUUAGGAUCGAUGAUAUCAUUUUUGGCCAAAGAAUUCUAGUGAUUUGUUUUUAAUAACCAUUUUGAAUGAACUCCUGUCUAUUCCAAAGUGUUCAUUUUGAAUUGAUGCUAAUGUGUUAAUAAAUUUUAAUGCAUUGUCUACGAAUAUGGUCGAUAAUCAUACCAAUAGUUAUGAUUAUUGUGAGACACAACUCAGGCCUUAGUUCUAAAAAUGUUUUAUUGGACGGUGGUUAUAUUGGAUGUCUGUACCAAGAAGUGUGCCUGACUGGUGAGAUAUGUCAUAAUGAUUCGCUUUUUGGAAGGUGUGUUCCUGAAAAUGUUCAGUACGAGUUAUUUGAUGCUACUUAUUCACAAGUGCACAAAAUAAAAUCGCUUCCUUUGUUUAUUCGACCACAAAACUACAACUGGGCCGACACAACCCUACAAUGUUUGUUGAGAACAAUGAUUCUAGAGUAUGAAUCUCAUUCAAUCUUUGUUGACCCCAAAUCGUUUUGUUUAUAUCAGUAUGAUAUAGAGGAUGGUGAUAAUAUUGAUGGUCAAUUCCGUAGCCAGUAUGUAAAACGUGAUGUAAGGAAAAAUCGUGGAUAUCCAAAUUUUAUGCUUAGCAAUCCACUGAAAACUAUAGAACCUUAUUAUUUUCCUGAAAAUUCAUAUGAACUUAUGGAUAAUGACAAUAACUAUGAUCGGUGGAUUGAUAAUCCUAUUAAUAAAGGAAUAAAUGCGGAAAUGAAGAACAAUGAAGAAUUAGAUCAUUUCAGUAAAAAAUUUCAGAAAAUGCUACGUUUAUCUGGGAAUCAUGAAAGAAAUGAGAACAUAGGAUCUAACAGAGAACAAGAAUUAGCAAAUAAAGUGAUGGAUGAUUCAAAUAAAGACAAUGGUGAUAUGGCUGCCAAAUUAUAUCAAGAUGAUUAUCUACUCUCAGGCAAAUAUAUUCAAGAACCAUUACUUGGUGAAACCUUACCUUCUGAAUUUCAAACACAACAACAAGAAGAAAUGAACAUACCAUCAAAAUCAGUCACUAGAUUACGUGCACGAAAAGUGGGGUCUGGAUCAUAUAAACCAUUGGAACGUAGAUGGAUUUGGAUUAAAUUUUUAAGUGGACCAAUAACCAAUCAAGAAGCACAACUCAUUGUACUUAAAAUAUCACAUGAUUUAAAGCUGACAUCUCCAAUUUCAUUUUUUUUCCUUGAUAAAUCGAGACGUGUAUUAUACUUUCAUGUUCCAUCUAGUGCUGGAGUGUCCGCUGAUACUAUUGUUGAUGCUCUUAAUACAAAUAUGAAUUUAAUAGAUGGUUAUCCAAUUGAAGAUGUUGGGUUUGGCCGUGGAGCUGUGAAUACAGUAAAUACAUAUUCAAGUACAAAUGCUCCUACUGAAUCCCCCCAACCAUCGCCUCUGCACCGUUCUGUCGACGAUGAAAGUUUAAAAAAUUUUGGUCAUGUAAAAUGGGAAAAAUAUACAAUGACAAUAAUUCUAUGUUCAAGCAUACUUACUGCAGUUGUUAUACUCACAGCAAUUUAUAUAGUUCAAAUAUGUCGAAAAAAGCGUAAAUCUAAAAGUGAAUCGAAUGAAAAAUUAUCAUGUCAAUUAGAUGAUUCACCUCAUUUAGAAUGUAAAAAGCUUGCACACAAUAAUAAUCUUUCUGGAUCUCAACAAAGUAGUGUUUCAUCAUGGUCAAGUGAACCAAUCCCUUGUAGUAUUGAUGUUCCAACUGGACAUAUAAUUCUAUCAUAUAUGGAAAAACAUUUACAAGAUAGAAAUCAACUAACAGAUGAUUGGAAUUCAAUCGAUAAGUAUGUGUCUGAAGAAAAUAUUUUGUAUGAAGAAGGUAAAAAUCCUAAGAAUCAGUUUAGGAAUCGAGAAUGUGCACCAAUUCCAUAUGAACAAUCUCGAGUCAAACUUCGAUCUGGUGAUAACGAUUACAUUAAUGGAAGUUUAAUGUAUGAUACUAAUCCAAGAAAUCCUGUUUACAUUGCUACAAUUACGCCAACAGUUAAGUCAGUUCCAGAAUUUUGGUUAAUGGUUUGGGAACAAGGAUGUGUUGUAAUCGUUUGCCUGGAACGUAUUGAUGAAUUAAAAAAAAUGGAUGACAUUGACCAGUUUGAAUUGAACGAUGCUUCAGUGAAAUAUUGGCCUAAUGAAGGUAGUCAAGUUUAUGGUUCUUUUGAAGUACACCUGGUUUCGGAACACAGUUGGAGCGAUAAUUACAUUAUUCGUUCAUUUUAUCUUAAAAGCAUUGUAACAAAUGAAACGCGUACUGUUACACAAUUCCAUUAUCUUACAUGGAAGGAUGAGAAUUUGAAAGAAAAUAGUAAGCCUAUGUUGGAAUUCAGACGGAAGGUCAAUCGUUCAUUCCGUGGAAUGAUGAGCCCUAUUGUGGUUCACUGCCGUGAUGGAUGCGGACGAACAGGUGCAUAUAUUUUAUUAGAUUUGGUCCUAAAUCGCAUCACUAAAGGUGUUAAAGAAAUUGACAUAGCUGCUUCACUGGAACAUCUAAGAGAUCAAAGGCCAGAUAUGAUUAAAACAUUGCAAACGUGCAAUUUUAGGUGACGAGCUAGUUCUAUCAUUAGUCAAUGAACAGGAAACUAUGCGGCUGUUUCUAUUGUUUGUAAGCAAGUAUCCCAGAAGAAACGUACCUGAAACAGUUAACCAUAUCGAGACCGAAUAUACCUUCUCAGAUCAUGAUAAUUCUCUUGAAUGAACCAGUGCAACCGUUUGGUUAUCCAUCUAAAAUUGUUACUAUAUUUUGUGAUGUACAGCCGAUGUCGAGAAUUAUACUUAUGUGAAGGCAAGAUAACUUGUCCUUACGACAUGAAACAAUCAAGAAUGUUAACAGUCUGUGAUCUGAUUUUUUAUCGAAACCUUAGGACCAGUAUGCGUUGCAUCCAACUACUUGUAUCUUUUAGUAGUAUGAUUUCCAUAUUAAUGUAGACAUUUUAUUACCUUCUUAUGCACAGUCGAAAUUUUACUUGCUUACUAAUUGAUGGCAAAUUCUGGAACAGAUUUUGUGAUAUAGAAAUUCUUUGAUUUCCACGAAUGAUUGAUAUUACGAAAUUUAACUGCCCGAACAGCCUCCAGAUUCAAUAUACAGGGUGAAGAAACCCGUUUCAUGCAUUCAUAUGACACUGCAAAUUAGAAAACAGAUCGCGACUUGAUUUAAACUAAAUCGUCCCUAUAUUAUUAUGAAUGAAAUGUUCUAUGAUUCAGUUUGGAUUAUAUUACCUGAAUGUUGUGUGGGACAAGCACAUAAAUGUGCUAACGUGAUCGUAUGGAGAACGAUUAUUUUACUACUUAAGUAUGACUAGGAGCUUUCAUUUGAUCACAAUACUUCGUACUUGUUUUAUUUUAGGAGCAGUAUGAGUUUGUUCUCUCAUCAACUGCUGAAGAAGUAGAUGCAAUGCUCCAACCAAGUACAUGAAAAAAUGACAAAGAACAUCUUUAAAAAAGUCAGGACAAAAAUUUACAGUAUCAUUUGAUGUUACAUUCAAAUUCAAUGAGAUACAUGUGAAAUUUGAGAAUAAACUGAAAUAUCGAAUCAUGCACAUAA